GAUCUAAUCUGUACGUCAGUGGCCAGGUAGGUACCUCCAAGCAUCCCAUCAAGCUGUCCUCAACGCCCCUCCAAAAAAUCCCAAAAAUGCCAUCCCACAGCAAGCCCCCAAUUUCGACCGACAUCCGGGUACAAGACUACCUAAACGACAAAUUCCAGACGUUGGCAGACCUGUCAUCGCUUGACUCCCUUCUGUCCUCUGUACAAACACAGCAAUCGCAGCUGCGCACGCAGCUCCAAACCGCAGACCGCAAGGCCACCACCUCGCGCGCCGAUCUCGCCGCACACUCCACGCACCUCCGCGGCGAAAUCGAUGCAUUCACGCAGAAACAGGAGGCGAUCGACCGGCGCCUGCUAGCGACGACGACGGCCGACACGGCGAUCGAUGCGGCCGCGCGCUUCGAGGCGACGAUGGAGCGGCUGCAGCGGCUGGAUGUAGCGACUGGAUAUGUUGACCUCCUGCGACGCGUGCAGGUGCUCGAUGAGCAGGCGGCGGGCCUCGUGGAUAGGGGGGAUCCGGAGGCUGCGCUGCGGCCGUAUACGCUGCUGCAGGAGCUAGCGAGGGGGCUGAAGGAGAGGAAUGAGGCUGCUGAGGGCGCCGCCGUGCAUUUGGUGGAUUAUGUGGAGGGCGCCACGGAACAGCUGUGGCGGAGAAUGAGGGAAAGACUGGCGAGGGGGCUGGAAGAGGUGCUCAUGAAGCUCAAGUGGCCUGCGGAGAAGGUUGUUAUGACGAAGGAAGUGGCGGAGGAGUUUAGGAGCGCGUUUGAGAAGUUGCUGGUGCUGCAGGGGCCCGAUCUGGAGAGCGCGAAGGGUACGGCGACGCCGUUGCUGCCGCUUGAGGUUCUGGUGAAGCCUCUGGCCUUGCGGUUCCGAUACCAUUUCGAUGGGGAUAGGGCUACCAACCGCAUCGACAAGCCGGAGUGGUUCCUGGCGCACAUAACGGGCUUGGUGACUACAUACACCGAUUUCCUCCGGGAGAUCGUCCAGCCUAUCCUGUCGGAAUCGGCGAAUCCCCUCAACCAGCGCGAUGCGGUCAAUGAGUUCAUCACGGCGCUCCUGCCGAUCGUCAUGAGGAAAACGAAGAAUUUGCUGCCGCAGAUAUUGGACCAGGCGCAGUUGCUAAGCCACUUCAUACAUGAGAUGAUCAAGUUUGAUGCCGAACUGCGGGAGGAGUUCUAUUACACUCCGUUUGGUUGCGAUGGCCCGUGGAAGGGCAUGACACAUGAGGUUUUGGUCGUGGAGAACGGUUUUGCGGACUGGCUCCACGUCGAGAAAGAAUUCGCACUGUCUCGCUACCAUACCAUUCUUGCUGCCCCAGACGCUUGGGUCUUGGAUUAUGACAGCGUUGAACCGACGGAUUCCAAGCCUACGAAGUCGGCGAUACGUCUGAAGGACCUCAUCGAAACAGUCACCGAUAGCUACCGGCCGCUGAUCUCCUUCAGCCAGCGUCUCCGCUUUCUAAUCGACAUCCAGAUCGCAAUACUGGACCAGUACCACGACCGCCUCAACGGCAGCGUAGAGGCGUUCCGAGUCCUUUCCUCGUCGAUCGCGCGAGCGGUCCAGGGCACAAGUAAAGAGGAGGUAGAGUCACUCACCGGCCUUGCCGGUCUCGAGCGACUGUGCAAAGCGUACGGCUCGGCGGUGUUUAUGGAGAGCUGUAUGCGAGACUGGGGCGAGGACAUCUUCUUCCUGGAACUAUGGGAAGAUCUGCAAUCGCGCGCGUCAAAGGCAAGUCCCAACAAGAACCUUGCGGGUAAUAUGAACAUCCGCGACGUAGCUUCGGUGACCAGCAACGCGCUCGUGUCGGGCGAUGACGACGACGACGGCGCGCUCUUCGAUGAGACGGCCGGAUCGUAUAAGGAUCUGAGACGUAAGACUGAGGAGACUAUGGUUGACCACCUCGUGAGCCUGCUGAAGAACGAACUCAAGGCGUACAUCAAGAUAAACAACUGGUCCUCGCUCGACCCAUCCCACUCCGCCUCGUCGAUAUCCCCGGAACUCGUCUCUGCGCUCUCCACGCUCUCCACGCACCUCUCCUUCCUCUCGCGCGCUCUCGCGCCUGUCGUGUACCACCGGAUCAUCCGUGCCGUAGCCGCCGCGCUGCAAACGUACAUCUGGGACUACGUUUUGACGCGCAACACGUUCUCGCUCGCCGGCGCACGGCAGUUCGCCAGCGACAUGACGGAUCUGUCGAAUUCCUGCGGUGGCUGGCGCGAGAUGGUACGGCUCCGCGAGGCGUGCACGCUGCUCACUCUGCCGCUGGUGAGGCUGGAGGAAGAUGAGGAGGGAACGCAGUUGCUCCUGAAGGAUGUUGUCAGGCCGGUCUUUGAGGAUAAUAAUAAGGCGAGAGCGGUUAUGAUGAAGCUCGCUCUGGAGAAUUUGCAGGUCGGUGAGGUCAGGAUGGUGCUGCAGAAACGCGUGGAGGCGUUUGGAAGUGCGUAAGUAGAAACGUCUUUUUUUCUUGUAGGAUGUAUAUACUCCGAGUGCGAGAUGGUGAUUCCACUCGUGAAGUUGAGAUGCAUGCAUCAGAGUGAAUUAAAAUGCACGCGGACGAUGAAUCAG